GGAUCCGUAUUUUCAUUGGCAUAUGUGAUGUAACGUAGAAUUUGACGCACGGCAAUCGACAGGUGAAUUUGAAAAGAAAAUAUUGGCGAAGAGCGAAUAUCGAGGAGCACGAUCGAUUAUGAUUCGUCAGUUUCUUAAGGCUUAAAUUGAAACUUGAUACAGCUAUUUGUAGAUCUAGGCUCACGAGAAGAGAUGACUGUUGAAUUUUGGCCCGGUACUCGUAGUCGGUUCUUAAUUAUUUUAAAAAGCGUUUCAAUUAAUGUCUUGGGAUGCUAAUACAUAAAGUAUCACAAUCCUGAUAACAAAGCCUGCGGAGACAGAUUUUGAACAGAGCCUGUUACCAAUUUUUGAUUGCAGAAAAGCACAAAAUUGUAUACAGAAUUUGUAUUAUCUGCAAAUUGCUGCCAGAAAUGUAACAAAGUCUGCUAGACACGCUAUGCCAGCAGAUUGGUAGCAGACUCUGCUCGGUUCCUGCCACCAAUUUGCCGGCAUAGUCGAUAGAUCCAAAUGCCAAAUGCGGAUACAGAUGGCUAUGGUUUUGUUAGUCAAAAUCUGAUGGAGUUUGCUGCCAAUUUGGCCCAAAUUGCUAACAUUUUGCUACGAGGGUAUGAAUAUACAUCAACAGCGCCAUCAACAGCGAUGUUUCGAGAACGUUUCGUAAAAAUGCGCGCAUUCGAGGCUCGAGAAAGAUGGCAGGACAGCCAUCAAUGUGAUUGGAUCUUCACUCGACUUAACUUCUAGCGAGUAUCCGCUAGGUGCGUGCGAGUCGAGUCGAAUCGAAUCGAAUCGCUCUGUUCCGUGGAUCCGUGGUCGCGUAAAGCGUGGCGUGACGGAACUUGGAACUCGAAACUCGGAAGGGUGAGGAAAGGAGGAGGGAUCGACGUGACGGAGUGACGAACGAAUGUGUUUAGAAUAUUUAGAUCGUACGAGAUAAUCGGACGCGAAGGGAAAAUUGAGCAAAGAUAAGCGUCGUAACAUCAGCUUGCUGGAACGAUCGACUCGAUCGGCAAGUACGCGCAAGCGCCAAUACUCCACGUUUCCAAUUGCCUUGCCUCAUUACUCACUCGUACCCUACUCCGCAACCGUCGCCAUAAUUAAUAUCUUAACGAUUGAACAGCAUACAUUAACAGCAGCUUAGAGAGCGCGCGUAUCCUCUCGGUCGAAAGGGACGGCAUAUUUAGGUGACGGCAAAUUAGGCGACGGUGGAUCACUCGGACUCGAAGGUCUCGAAGUGGUUUGCCGAUGUCCAUCGUAGUGGCGUGUCAGACGGCGUAUGUCGACACGUAUGUACCGUUAGUCUGAAUCUAUUCCCGUUGGUCGGCUCGAGCGACAUCCACGCUGACAGCUCACGUACCUACCGACCGAGGAGGGCUGAGCCAUAUUCGAUCGCGGUUGGUCGUCGUAAACCCGGAAACGAAGCGUGUGCGCGUCUCCGUUCAGCGAGAGCGCCGAGAGCUCGAGUGUGCGUUCGAGAGAGACAGAGAGAGAGCGAGAGAGUGCGAGUGCGAAUUUAUCGCGGAGUCACUCUCGAGCUCUCCUCGAACUUCCGUUAGAGACGUGCGCGCGUCCAUCCUGACGUCUCUCUACGCAUAUGUAUGACGUGUGCAUCGCAGCGACUACCGCGGUGAUACGUCGGUCGGCGUGUUCACGUUGAAAUGAGAAAGUUGUUGCCGUUGCGCUGAGGAUUGGGAACGACGACGCACGCGAACCAGCCAGACGGACAAUUCCCGUACUAAGCGGACGUACGGAGACCGAAGGCAGCGACAGUAACAGCGGUACUUUGAGCCGAGUGUGCACGGAGAAUCGUUUGCUCGUUGCUCGUUGAUCGCUGCUCGCUGGCUCAUCUACCUGCCUGUACUUACUCGUGUAAUCGUUGGAAUUUUGAAAAUGAAUUUCACGCCUUUUUCUUCAUUCACUGGCUCGUUGCCGACCGGCACUGUUCAUCAAUUCGCCACAGCCAAGUUCGCGCAGAAUCUUACCACUGGAGGACAGGUGGUCGGCGUUUUAUCCGGUGGUGAAGGUGGAGUUCAUUAUUUAAGACCAGUCGAUCCAAAUGGCUUUGCUGUGGCUCAGAGCGGUAAUAGUCAACAGCAACAAAUUAUUACUUUACCUAUUACUGUUCCGGGAAAGGAUGGCACGCAGCAACAGCAGACUGUCCAAAUACAAGUGGUCAAUCCUAGCGUGUCUCAAAGCGGAAACAGCGGCGAUCAGCCAAAGUAUCAUUUGGCACCGAUAUCCCUGAGUCAGUUUCCACAAGGAGCAGCUACCGUUCUCACUGUUGCUUAUAGUCAGCAAGGCGCGGAUGGUGUUCAAAUUCAAGUACAACCGCAAAACACUGUAGCGACUACGCAAACGUCUGAUCAAACGACACAAAGUACGUCUACCGCUGUGACCACUACGUCUCAACAGACUAUUCAACAGACGGUACAACUUCCGGGAGCGCCCGAAGGUCUAACUGUAGUUGCCCAGAUUCCUCAAGACUUGAUUCUACGAGAGAGCAUAGAGGAGUCCAAGGAGGAUGUUAAGGAGGGCACGACACCCGUGGCUCUUAUUAAACGAGGUAGUGUCAAGAGUCAAGGUAAUCAGAGUGGGGAAGAAUUCAUUACUUCUAUGCCUGCCAGCUGGCAGAGUCUCGCUACUCCAGGAUCCACGGUCGCAGAUUAUCUCUCCAGACUGCCAACAAGUACUUUGCCUCUUAGUUUGCAACAUUUUCUCAAGUUUUCGGCGGAAACUAUUAAAAGGGAAGCUACCAUUGAAUCCAGUCCGCUCGGACCGGAUGGUCUCGAUGCUUCUGGAAGUACAGCUUCGGGAGAGCAAGCCGUGCAGAUUACAGUCGCCGGAGGAGAAACGGCCAUCAUUCCCGACGUUGUCGAAGAACAGGAGCCAGGAGCGAAACCUAAGCGGAAAAAAAAAUACAAAAAGAAACCACCGAAGCCGAAGAAACCAAAACCAGGACAAGUGAGUAUAGUCACUGCUCUCGAUGGCACGACCCUAUUUUGCUGUCCUCAAUGUAAUAUGGCGUAUCCGGAGAAGGAAAGUUUGGAACAGCAUUUGAUUGGACAUAAAAUAGAAAGGAGAUUUAUAUGCGACAUUUGCGGCGCUGGUCUUAAACGAAAGGAACAUUUGGAACGGCACAAAUUGGGCCAUAAUCCUGAUAGGCCUUUCAUUUGUUCCGUUUGUAUGAAGGGCUUUAAACGAAAAGAGCACUUGAAUCUUCAUUUUGUUAUACAUUCUGGGCAAAAGACCGAAGUUUGCACCGAAUGCGGCAAAGCAUUCUAUCGGAAAGACCACCUUAGAAAGCACGCGAGAUCUCACCUUACUAAGCGUGCCAAAGAGGAUCCAUUGAAUACGACGAACGAUACGUCGCAGAAUAAUCAACAACAGACGGACCAACAACAAGUGGAACAAAUACAGCAACAGUCGUCGGUACCCGAAUUGCAACAAAUUCAGAUUCAAGUAGGACAAGGAUCCCAAGCGCAGAUUCAUCAGAUAUCGGUUAACGAACAGUCUACCGUAGUUUUGCCUACAGCGGCUGAAACUGGAGCUAUGACGAUGCUUCAUCAUCAGCAACAGCAGCAGCAACAGCAGCAGCAGCAGCAAUCACAGCAAUCACAGCAACAACAGUCGCAACAGUCGCAACAGCCGCAACAGCAGCCACAACAACAACAACAGCAACAGCAUUAGCAACAGCAUACCGCCCCGAAUCAACUUGGGCGGUUCUUUCGUUUCAAUCAUCAGCACGCUAAAUGUCGUACACGACAUAGCGUACUCGCUGAUUAAGUUUUGCAAAUUUGAUAGGAAAAUUCAUAUUAUCGAACGAAAGUUUCGUUGGCUAGUUGAUUACUGAUUACUUUUUUUACGUAGUCUCUUUCAAAGGCAUUUGAAACACCUCCAUUUUCUUUAAGAUGUACGUCCUUGGUCCAGCGACACAAAGCCAGUUUGUUAGAAUUGAAAUGUUCGCGCCAUCGGUUUGAAUCACCUUUAAUCACGGCACAAGCUCGUGUUUAUAAUAAUUAUUAUCUUGUAAAGCGUGUCGAGCUGAAGUGACAAAAAAUGCGUAUACACAAAUUUCUCUUUUACGUACACGUUGUAGCGUACGUGGAAAGAAGCGACGAAGUUGCCGUUCGCCUCAAAUAAGAUUGUUUUUGUCGCUAAUCCAGUUCCAUGACGCAAGUUGGAAAUAAAUAUGAAGUUUAUAUAUAUAUAUACACACACAGACACACACACACACAGAUAGGUACACACGCACACGCACACAAACAAACAAACAAAAAUAUAUAUUUUUGAAAGCGCGAACUGGAUUCGCCCAAGAUAGCAUGGCGAUCGAGUUUUGGGCUAAUAAUAAUAAUAAUCGAUUAUAUUUGAAUGAUAAUUCGCUUUUACGAUGAUGAUAAAAAAUACGUAAUGAAAGAAUUAAACGCGAGAGAAAUACGUAUGGAACAGAUUGUAAAUACAUGUGCGAAUUUUCAUGAAUGUGAGAGGAAAUGUAAUAAUAAUGGUACGUGCCGUAUGCGCGCGAGGUGAACUCUAUUUAUUUCUCUUAUGCAAUACAAUCGUGACAUUAUAAGGGAAUCUGCCGAGAUAAAUUGUAAGUUCAAUUUGUAUUUUGUAGGAAUAUAUCAACGGAAGCAUGCUUACAUUUUUCUAUAAUUUAGAUCAUUGCAUAUGUUGCCUUCGUAAAAACGCAGAGUAUUGGGGACGAUUGAUGAAACCCAAGCUAUAUGAAUAACGAGUUACGAGUUGGUGGUAGAAUUACAUAUAAAGAACCCAUAACGUUUAGUACUUUUUCAGAAAUGGAAGGGAAAAGGAUAAUAAUUAUGAAAAAAAUUACUGAAUUACGCAUUUGCGUAAUGAUUUACGCUGCUGUGAAAUUAUCGUUUCUACAAUCGAUAAUUCUUCGGAAUCCGCAAAGGAUUCAUCUUGAUUUAAUAUCGAUGUUUGCGCAAAAAGAAAUAAACUUGCACGUCGUAAAAUCAUUACGGACAAAUACGAAAUACUUGCGUAAAUUCAAUUGGACACGAAUUAAAUGAUACGAUACAAAGGAAUAUGUAAAGGAACAUAGAAGAUAACAAAGAAUAUAGAGAAUUAAAAUCUUCGAAUGUUAACCAAAUCGAUGAAUCGUGAUUCACCUGAAAAAGCUUUUUUAUAAAGGUGUAUGUAUACAUGAAAAAAAAACUUCUUACUGUAAGUAUUACAAUUAAAGGCAAUGGGUAACUGUACAAGAAAUAUUAUUAUUUUAUUAUCAUAAUAUUAUACAGAUAUAUAUACCAUUAUCGUAGUUAGGAUAAGAGUAGUACAUAAGUCAUUUUCAUUGUUACUUACAUAAAUAUUGGAGGAGAAAACUGAAAUAAAACAUACAUUUAAUACAAAA